AUGGGGGAACGAAGGCGUCUGCAGCACUGGAGAGACCAGAUGAGAGAGGAGUUAGACAGAGUCAUGGAUUUCUGGAUUCGGCACUCUGAAGACAAGGAAUAUGGAGGUUUCUUCACAUGUCUCAGCCAAGAUGGAGCAGUAUACGAUCCACUGAAGUACCUUUGGCUACAAGGCAGGCAGGUUUGGAUGUAUUGCCGUCUCUACAGAAAGGUGCCCAGGUUCCAUAGACAGGAAAUACUUUCAUCUGCAAUUGCAGGAGGAGAGUUUCUUCUGGCUCAUGCGAAACACUCCACUGACUCCCUCAAAUGUGCCUUUGUGGUGACACGUGAUGGUCGAGCAGUCAAGGUCCAGCGCACGAUCUUCAGCGAGUGUUUCUACGUUAUGGCGAUGGAUGAACUGUGGAGGACCACAAAUAAAGAGCUGUACAAGAAAGCAGCACGAGAGAUGAUGGACCAGCUUGUACAUUGGGCGAGAGAGGAUCCAUCGGGAUUGGGAAGGCCAGAGCUGCCGGGAGCUGAUCCUGUGAAUUCUAUGGCAGUGCCAAUGAUGCUGUUAAACCUGGUGGACCAACUGUGUGAGGAGGAUAAAGAUGCAGCAAAGAAAUAUGAGGAACUGGGAUCCUGGAGUGUGGAGAGGAUUCUGCAACACAUGCAGCGUGAUGGCCAGGCCAUUUUGGAGAACGUAUCUGAGGAUGGAAAGGAGCUUCCAGGCUGUUUGGGCCGGCAUCAGAACCCUGGACAUGCCCUUGAGGCUGGCUGGUUUCUUCUGCGCCACGCCAUGAGGCACUCUGACCAUACUUUGAGACAAACUGCGGUGGAGAAGUUUGUGUUGCUGCCAUUUCACUCUGGGUGGGAUCAAGAGCAUGGAGGUCUCUUCUCCUUUCAAGAUGUGGAUGGGCAUUGCCCUACACAGUUGGAGUGGAGUAUGAAAAUGUGGUGGCCGCACACAGAAGCUCUGAUUGCUUUCCUGCUCGGAUAUCAGGAGACUCGGGAUCCACGUCUGCUUGACCACUUCCAGACAGUGUUUGACUAUGUUUUCACACGGUUUUUGGACCCUGAAUACGGAGAGUGGUUUGGCUACCUGAGUCAGGAUGGGAAGGUAGCACUCAGCAUUAAAGGAGGCCCAUUUAAAGGCUGUUUUCACAUUCCACGAUGCCUGUAUAUGUGUGAGGUGAUUUUGUCCAGGCUUCUGGAAGAAGACAACCAAGCCACAAAUGAGUUAUAA